AUGCCAGCGAAAUUAGAGAUUACAGAUCAACCGGCUCUUGGAAACGAUAUUGACGAAGAAGUCCCUGUUGACAAAUUCAUUGAUUAUUCCGAUGGUCUCAAUUACUGGCGGUCGAUUCCCGCAACCGUCGACGGGGUAUUGGGAGGGUUUGGCGAGGACACUGUUGUGCCAAAACGGGAUAUCAGCGGCUCAAUAACUUUCCUCCGUAAACUUUCAUCAAGAAUGCGGCCGGCUAAGGGAGAAAUCAAGUACGGGUUCGAAUUGGGGGCGGGGAUCGGGAGAGUUUCAAAAAAUUUGUUAAGCAAGUACUGUGAUAAAGUCGAUUUACUCGAAUAUAACGAACAUUUCGUAGCACAAAUGGACGAGGAAUUGGCAGAGUUGAAGGCCCAAGGGAAAUUGGGGGAGAUUUUCAAUAUGGGAAUGCAGGAUUACCACCAGACUUGGAAAAACGAUAGGAAAUACUGGUUGGUAUGGUGCCAGUGGUGUCUUGGGUACUUGAACGAUGAUUUACUAGUGGAGUUUUUGAAGUUCAUGAAGUCUACUCUUAGUGAAAACGGGACGAUUAUCGUGAAGGAAAACACCUGUAUAAAUAUCUCCGACGAUGAUAUCUUUGAUGAUGAGGACAGUUCGGUGACGAGAACCGAUUCGAAAUUCAAAGAGAUUUUCGCAAGAAGCGGGUUGAAGUUGAUCGCCCAGGAUGUGCAAAAAGGGUUGCCCAAAGAGUUAUAUCCUGUUAAGAUGUAUGCUUUGAAACCUGACCCGAGCUUUGUCGAAUGA